AUUUGGUCCAGAUGUUUAAUGUAACAAAUGUUGGCAUCAUUGGGAGUACGCAUGGUUAACAUGCGGAGGGUAGAUAAAUGUGGUUUGGUCACAGAGGGAGCAGGUCCUGAACAUCCCCUGCGUUGUCAUUCAAAUAAGAAAGCGGGAAAGGUAGUUAGGCUAUUCGACGGUAGGGGAGCUUCAGAAGCAAUUUGACCAAUCGUAUGUCAAGUUAGAUCGUCCAUCUUGAGAAACAAUCAGGAGUUGAUGUUUCUAGAUGUUUGUUAGAUUAAAUAAUUGAACUUUGGGGGCUAAUACGAAGUUAUUAGGGUGGAAAUAUGGUAAGCUUUGUGCCGGAAUUGUAAGAAGUGUAGGGGCCGGUGCCAUAUCUCGUGUUUUUCUGGUGCAUUUAACGAGUUUCACUAGUGGGACUAAGAGUGAGGUUAGCGGUUUGAAAUUGUCAAGCACGAUUUCCAUUGGCGUGGUAGUUUGAGUGCAAUGUGAUCACAUAAUGGCGGGUAAGGUCUUAAGGUGGAAAUUGGUGUCCGAUCCUACGGGACCACAACCUAGACCGAGACAUGGGCAUCGCGCUGUUGCUAUAAAGGAGUUAAUGGUUGUAUUUGGUGGUGGAAACGAAGGAAUCGUGGAUGAACUCCACGUUUACAAUACAGCAACAAAUCAAUGGUUUGUACCAGUCUUGAAAGGAGAUAUUCCACCAGGAUGUGCUGCUUAUGGCUUUGUGGUAGAUGGAACUCGGCUGUUAAUUUUUGGUGGAAUGGUUGAGUAUGGUAAAUACAGUAGUGAACUUUAUGAACUACAGGCUUCAAGGUGGGAGUGGAAGAAAUUAAAACCAAAGGCUCCAAAAUCAGGAUUAGCUCCUUGUGCUAGAUUGGGUCAUAGUUUCACAUUAGUUAAUGAUAAGGUAUUUCUGUUUGGGGGUCUGGCCAAUGAGAGUGAGGAUCCUAAGAAUAAUAUUCCAAGGUAUCUAAAUGACUUAUACGCAUUGGAUAUUCGAAGUAACCCUGUUCAGUGGGAGAUACCUUGUACUAAUGGACCAUGUCCUCCUGCUAGAGAGUCUCAUACUGGAGUGGCUUACAUUGAUAAAACAAAUGACAAGUCUUAUUUGGUUAUAUAUGGUGGUAUGAGCGGAUGCCGUCUUGGCGAUCUAUGGUUCUUGGAAACGAACACACUAUGCUGGAGUAAACCCAGUAUUUCUGGUACAACUCCACUGCCCAGAUCUUUGCACACAUCGACAUUAAUUGGAAACAGGAUGUAUGUGUUUGGUGGCUGGGUUCCGGUAGUUGCGGAGGAUACCAAGACGUCCCCAAACGAAAAGGAAUGGAAGUGCACUGGCACCAUGGCUUGCCUGAAUCUAGAAACUUUCCACUGGGACGAUCUGUUAAUCGGAUCUUUUGAGUCCAUUUAUCCUUGCGCCAGAGCUGGCCACUGCGCUGUUGGUAUAAACACCAGACUAUACGUUUGGUCUGGACGUGAUGGGUACAGAAAGGCCUGGAAUAAUCAAGUUUGUUGCAAAGACCUAUGGUAUCUAGAAGUUGAUAAACCACCUCAACCUGGUAGAGUGAGUCUCAUAAAGGCCGGUACUAAUUCUUUAGAAGUUAAUUGGACUGGUUCACCAUCGACGAACACUUACAUAUUGCAAAUUCAAAAAUAUGACCUACCGUCAUCGGCAGGCCUGGUUCCGAAAAAUAUACCAAAUUCGAGUAUAAUAAAACACGCAAUGUCCCCUAAGGCGGGAACAUUGCCAACUGGCGCUGCAGCGAAAGCAAUUGGCUCUCCGCUCAACACAGCAAAGGUGAUGAGUCCGCUCGUCAGAGUACGAACUGCUUCAACAAAAAUAACAAAUUCAACAGUAACAGCCACCACAACCGUCGUCACUGGAGUAGGAGGAGGAAUUAGCAAUUCUCCAGCCGUUGUGGCAGUACCAGCCUUGAACACAUCCACUGUGAUGACCAAUCCCACAUCAAUAUUAGCUACUGCCGUUUCGACAAGCGCAGUAGCCACUGUUGAACAAAACGCGGCUGUUGCUGUGACCAAGACCGCACCGACAACAAGUAUGUCUGGUAUUCAAGCGCUAGCAGCAGCAGCCGCUGCUACCCAAAAAAUAACAGUGGCUUCUGCGCAGCAAAUCAAAUUGGGUGGUAGUAAUGUAAAAAUUCAAGGUACUGGGACGGUUAUACGUCAGGGCUCCCCUCAAGUCGCCGUCGCUGGUAAGCAAGUAAUUGUCCAGAAAGGAAGCGCAGGGCUCGUCCAGAAGACCGGAGCGCAACCUCAGAUAGUGACCUUGGUGAAGACAAGCACGGGGAUGACGGUCGCAACUUUACCUAAAUCUGGUGGCAUAAUUCAAUCGCCAGUACUACAGACUACUGGAGGCAGCAACACGAUUGUGAAGUUGGUACCGCCAAAUACUAGUAAGGUCCUUAGUACGGUGAAAUCAAUUUCUUCGAACAUGUUGGUCAAUAAGCAAAAUAAGAUUGUACUUCAAAAAAACUCGUCUGGGCAAAUAUCUACCAUCGGUAAUCAGCAGGUGAUAGUCGUAAGUUCAAAUGCCGGCAUUCGCAACAUACAAACGAUUACGAAUGCCCAGGCAGUGACCGUAUCUCAGCCGAAGACUUCAACUGUGAACGUACAAUCCGCUACUAAAGCAGCAGUGGCCAAUUUAUCAAAUAUGAAAAUCGGUGGCAAACCCAUAAUCAUGCCAAAAACAAUAACUAUUUCUAAAAAUACAAAACAAGUUAUGUUUGGCGGUAAACCUGUGACAGUUCAGUUAGCCGACGGAAACAGGAAAACGGUAACGUUCAUGUCAACCCCACCUCAGGGCAAGAUUCUGCGUCUUCCUGCAGCCACGGCGACAGCGGCAACCACAACCAAUUCGUCGGCGGUCGAGCAGCCGAAGGUGAUGGUCGUGACAAGACCGAAACAGCCGUCCGCUACUCUUGCUUCGACAUCAUUCGACGGUCCAGCAACAACUGACGCGGCAUUAGCAGCUCUUGCUGCGGAAGCAGGACUGAUUGAUCCAGAGCCACAAAAGAGUAUGGAUACCGAAGACGCAGAGUCUGCGCACAUUGAUGACAAGAAUGUCGCGACCAUCGAUUCUGAAGACAAAAAGGAACCCGUACCCAUGGAAACAGACGCGACAGCGACUGUUGGUGGCCUGUACGGCGGUAACCCACAGUAUAAAAAGCUAGGUUUAAAGGGCGGUACUGUCCACUGUUAUGAUAACAUUCAAUACAAAUACAAGACUAUUCUUCCACCACCAUACAGACCUUUCACGUACAGGGGUGGCCUCAAGGGUGGAACUAAGGAGGCUCUCGGUAAGGGAGAGGAAAGCAACGAAUCUGACUCUAUCAGCGACAGUGGCUUAGGAAGCCAGGCGUCUGCCAUUAAUGGCACAGAGCGAAAGAUUCAAAACGAUUCGGAAUGUGAUAAUAUGGAAGACUUUAAAAUUGAAAUGGACGAUGAUGAUUCUUCGAUGCAGAGUGAUAAAACUGACGGAUUUAGUACUAGCGACGAAUCCAAAGAUAUGACUAGAGGAGACAAAGAUAUUAAUUUGGAAGAUAUGCAUAACGACGAUGAUAGCGUCGACUCCAAGCCGGAAAUUAAGAGGGAGGAAACUGGAGACGCUUUAUCUGCGUUGGCUUCGGCCGCUGUCGGCCAUUCGAAAGAUAUUAUUAAGACUGAGCCACCAUCAGCACCUUCUAAGGAUUCCAAAGAAUGGUAUACAGUUGGGUUUAUUAAAGGUACCAGUUACGAUGUUCACGACUUCUUUAUGUUAGAAGAUGACGUCAGUAACUUUAAAGAAGAUAAUUUACCUGAAGUGUCGCAUCUGCCGAAACUUAAUCUUGAACCUGGUACAGCGUACAAAUUUAGGGUCGCGGCUCUCAAUUCAGUGGGAUUGGGUGACUGGAGUGAAGUGUCAGCAUUCAAAACGUGCCUUCCGGGAUUCCCAGGUGCACCUUCGGCUAUCAAGAUAGCAAAGUCGUUCGAUGGUGCCCAUUUGUCAUGGGAGCCCCCGUGUGUCAACCAAGAAAAUAUCCUCGAGUAUUCCGUUUACUUAGCCGUAAGGAACGCGGCAAAGGAACGUAGUACAAAUUUAGCUUUUGUGCGAGUGUAUUGUGGACCCAGCAAUUCCUGCACAGUACCAACAUCUUCUUUGUCUGCAGCCCACGUGGAUACCACCACCAAAUCUGCUAUAAUAUUUCGCAUAGCUGCAAGAAACGAUAAGGGUUAUGGACCUGCAACUCAAGUGAGGUGGUUACAAGAUCCUUAUGCCAACAAGGUUGCUAAACGUGGACCAGAGGGAACCACCCCCACGAAUGUAGUGAAAAAGGUGAAAACUACUGACAAGGAUGAUAUAUAGGAAUUACUUGAGUGAUUGUUGUGUUCAAUGUUUAGACUAAAUGGACAAUUUUUAAGGAGAAUCGAAAAGCAUUAUAUAAAUUUUAAAGAAAACAUGAGAGUUAGUUAGCGCUGAUAUAAUCGAUAUAAUCUAGAACAUGAAUACACUAAUUUAUGAAAUGGCAAAAAAAAAAUCAAGUCGAAAAAUCGAAUGCAAAUCAAAACGUCUAUUAGUUUUUGAUCACAGAAAGCAACUUGCAACAAACACAUAUGAAUAAACACUAAAAAAAAA